CACAGGGCUGAGAGGAAAGAGAGGAACCGCGCACAAACUCACCACGCAGAGACUGCAGCAUGACUGACCACAGCGAGAUGUUGACGGGCAUAGACCUGCAGUGCUGGGAGAAUAACCGCGCCCACCGGACGGAGGAGAUGGACAGGGAGAGGCUCCUGGUUCGGAGGGGACAGCCCUUCUCCCUGCUGCUGCAGUGCAGUGGGGCCCCACCCCUGCCCCCCAAAUACCAGCUCACCCUCAUCCUCCACCUCGGUAAGGAGAUGGUGGUGAAGGUGUCGGACACGCGAGCGGGGCGUGGUCAGUGGUGGUUCAGCCAGCAGGGGGCGCAGAGUGAGCUGCUCCUGACGGUGCACAGCCCGGCCGACGCCCCUGUGGGGCUGUACAGCAUCAGCGCAGUGCUGCUCUCCUCCGACGGACACAUCCUGGAGAAAACUGCACUCGCAAACUUCUACCUGCUCUUCAACCCCUGGUGCAAAGGUGACCCGGUGUACCUGCCCGAUGAGGAGGAGCUGCGUGAGUACAUCCUGAAUGAGAACGGCCUGCUCUAUCAGGGCUCCUGGGACCAGAUCCGCUCCCUGCCCUGGAACUUCGGACAGUUUGAGAAGGAUGUGGUGGACAUCUGCUUUGAAAUCCUGGACAACUCCCCAGCGGCACUGAAGGACCCUGAGACGGACCUGGCAAAUCGGGGUGACCCGGUCUACGUCAGCAGGACAGUGACAGCGAUGGUGAAUGCUAACGAUGACCGGGGCGUGGUCUCGGGCCGCUGGGACGGAGAGUACUCUGACGGGGUAGCGCCCACUCGCUGGACCGGGAGCGUGCCCAUCCUCCGGCGCUGGAGCGAGGGCGGGGCACAGAGGGUGCGCUACGGACAGUGCUGGGUGUUCGCCGGGGUGGCCUGCACAGUGCUGCGCUGUCUGGGGAUCCCCACCCGCUGCGUCACUAACUACUCCUCCGCCCACGACACCGACGGCAACCUCACCAUCGACUACUGGUACAACGAGCAGCUGGAGAACAUUUCCUCUGGCAGAAAGGACAUGAUCUGGAACUUCCACUGCUGGGUGGAGUCGUGGAUGGACCGGGAGGAUCUGCCAGGGGGCUAUGAUGGUUGGCAGGUCCUGGACCCCACACCCCAGGAGAGGAGUGAUGGGGUGUACUGCUGUGGGCCGUGCCCGGUGCAGGCCAUCAAAGAGGGUGAGGUGGGGGUGAAGUACGAUGCCGCGUUCGUCUUCUCGGAGGUGAACGCAGACCUGGCCUACUGGAUCGUUCACGCGGACGGCCAGCGCUCCCAGGCCUCACUCAACAAACAGACCGUCGGCCGCAACAUCAGCACCAAGAGCGUGUACGGAGACCAGAGAGAGGACAUCACUAAGCUCUACAAAUACCCCGAGGGCUCGGUGAAGGAGCGGGAGGUGUAUGAGAAGGCGGGGCGGAAGGUGACCCAGCUGAGCAGGGGGGCGGGGCAGCUGGAGCUGUCCAUCAGACACGCCCAGGCGGUGCACGGCACGGACUUCGACGUGAUCGUGGAGGUGCGGAACACGGGAGGGGAGGAUGCACCUGCGCGGCUCACCAUCACCUCUAAGGCCGUCACCUACAACAGCCUGCACCUGGGGGAGUGCCAGAGGAAGAGCGCCAGCCUCACUGUGCCCCCACAGAGGGCCCACAAGGAGGUGCUAAGGCUGCGGUACGACCACUACGGCUCGUGUGUGACCGAGCAUCACCUGAUCAGAGUCAGCGCUCUGCUGCAGGGCACAGACCAGCAUGACGUCGUCCUGAGAGAGAUCAACAUUCCACUCAGCAUGCCCCAGCUGGCCGUCAAGGUACUGGGGGAAGCGGUUGUGUCUCGGAAAGUGACUGCCCACAUCACCUUCACCAAUCCACUGCCUGUCUCCCUCAGAGGGGGCGUGUUCACCGUUGAGGGGGCAGGACUCACCGCCGCGCAGGAAAUCCAGGCUCCGCAGGAGAUCGGACCAGGUCAGGAGGUGUCUGUCAAGCUCUCCUUCAGGCCCACGAGGCCGGGCCUGCGGAAGCUCCUAGUGGACUUCGACACGGACCGUCUGCGAGACGUGAAGGGAACAGCCACCGUGAUCGUGCGGAAAAAGUGA